AUGGAACAAGCGAAAGAAAAAGCUGGAGAAGUGGCGCAAACUUUAGGAAUAGGCGGCGAGAAGUUAAGGCUCGAAACUGAAAUUAACGACAAGUAUUAUGACACAUCAAUCGACAGCUCGAUUGCAUUCGAAACGAAUGCGAAGAACUUGUCGUCAGUAUUUUUCGACCGCGCACAGGAGGAUCUCACCAAUUACAAGAAACGAAUAGAUGAAAAUGCUGAGCGACAACGCGAGCACGCCGAUAUCAUGGCUGAUCUUCAGCGCAAAGUGGAAGAGUAUCGCCGUCGUUUCACAACGAUGGAAUCGCGAAUAACGGAACGUAAAAUUUAUACCGAAUCAUACGGUAUAGAUUUGCCAGAUAUAAAAAUGAAGGACGAACUAUGGAGUGGAAAAUUUCGUAUGAUCGAUGAUAUGUCUGAGGAGGAAUUAUCUAUGCAACUGUCGAAUGAAAGAAGACGAAAUGAAGAGUUGUUCGCACAGCUUGAAGAAGAACGCCUGAAUAACAAUCAACUUCUGAAUGAAAUUCAACGACUUCGAAAGCAUUUUGAAAUAAGUAUACGCGACAAAGAAAGAAUAUUUAUCAACCGAGAAAGGAAUAUUGCGCAACACUUAAGCGAGGAACAACGAAAAAUCAUGGAUUUAUGGACUGAACUUAAACGGGUUCGAAAGCAAUGUACGGAAUAUAAAGAACAAACCGAACGCGAUUUAGAGAAUCAAAAGAAUGAGUUCAUCAAGACGAUACAUAAUGUGACUGAUACGAUGCUAAAAAUGCAAGUCUCUGAAAGUCAAAAGAGGGAGCGCCCACUUUUGUCUGAUGCGACUGGCAAUUUAGAAAUCAGCAAAGAUUCUAUAAUUUAUGAAGCAAUCAGUAAGUUUCAAGAAACUGGUGAUAUAUCCGAAAUGCCACGAAUAAUUCGUGAACUACAUUUGGGAAAAGGUGAUGAUGUUAACCUCCAGUCGGAGAUUCUAAAAAAAUAUGAAGAAAGUGUUCAGCGCAUCGGUGAGCUCGAAGCAAAGGACGAAGACAGUCACUCAAAACUUUUAAUCCUCGAAAGUGAACUUAAAGCUACAAAAGAACGCCUUAACGACAGUCAGAAUGCACUACGGCGGCUUUAUGAUUUAGCUCGGGAAUUCGAACAUAGUCCGGACUCGCAGAAGAGAACUCGAUCAUUUUCUCCAGCCAAAGGUUACGUACCUUCGUCGGAGGUUGUAAGAACAGUGCGAUAUGUCUUGAAUGCGCGAGUCAACGAUAGUUUGGUGCUACAGCGCAAACUCAAUAAUGCCGAAGCUCAGAUUAAUGAGCUGAUCACACAUUAUAAAUCGGCUGAUGAAUCUUGCAGAAGAUUGGAAAAACAGUUGGUAGAAGCUAAACGCGAGAUUUCUGACAGAUGUGAUCAGAUUGCGGAAUUAAACCGAAAAUUGCGAAACGCUGAUGAUUUUAUUAAAACUUUUGAAGACGAAAAAGCGAAUGCGGCGGCCAUUCGUCGAAAACUAGAAGAUGAGAUUAGGCGAUUGAACGAGCACUUCAAGAAAACAUUGGCUGAAAUCGAGGCAAAAGCAGCUGAGGAGGCAGAAGAACGUUUACGUACAAUGGAAGACGAUUAUAAAGCUCGUAUCGCUGAGUUGACGCGACGUAUCGAUACACUUAUGCAGGAACACAAACAUUUGAAGGAUGAGGCCAAUGAACUAAGCAUCAGAAACAGAAAUAUGGAUGUUGAGUAUAAAACUUUAUUACAGAAAAUAGAUGACAAAGACAAAGAGAUCAGGAAGCUAGAAGAUUCGAAAUCAAUGUUAUUAAAAGAAUUCGAUAGUCAACGAGCACGACUCGAUGCCGUCACCAAUGAGAUUGGCAGUCUUCGAUCAAAUUAUGAAAAUGCCAACAAAAGUUCAGAAGCUCAUAUAAUAACUCUGAAUGAAUUGAAACAACAACGCGAUGAUAUCGGAAAGCAGAAAGACAACGUUGCUCGAGAAUUAUCCGAUCUUAAGCGCAAUGUUGACGAUGUUAGCAAAGAACGUGAUGAUGCUCGCAAAGCGUAUCAACGACAACUAGCUGAUGUUGAUAGAUUGAAGGCACAUAUCAGUGAUCUUGAAAACCAGGUAAUAGACAUCUCUCGCCAAAAUGACGAACUGGAUACACAAUUAAAAGCAAAUAAAGCUAAAGUGACAAGCUUGGAGACUUAUUUGCAAGCGGCCAAUAAAGAGAAAGAAAAGUCAAACGCGAUCAACCAGAAGCUUAUUAAGGAAAAGAGUGAAAUUAUGAUAACAAUUCAGAAAAAUGAAACCGACACAAGCUCGCUUAAAGAUCAAGCCAAAAAAUUGGAACAGGAGAUAGAAAAAUUGAGAAACGAAAUUUUGUUAGCGGAUGAAAGGGAAAAAAAUGCAAAUGAGGCUUAUAAACAACAGCUAAUGCUAGCGCGAAAUCUUCAAAAUGAACUGAACGAGCUCCGAGCCGAACUUGAAGAUCUUCAAAAGAUCAAGCUUCAAAGUCCAGAAGUUACGGAAGUUAAACCUCUAUCAGUUGAGCCUGAAAAACCUGGUGACAAGAUUUCUAUUCAUCAUGACACAACUAUAUACGACAUAACACAUACCCAUGUAAAAGAAGUCGAAAACAAGUGGAAGAUUAUUGUUGAGCGCCUCGAAAAUGAAAAAGACGAUCUAGCUAGACAAAUCCAAGGAUUGCAAGAAGAAAUCACUGUAAGGCAAGAUGCUCUUGAUCGACAGGAUAAAGAAAUUGAAGAUCUACAUAAAAAGUUGGAUGAACAAUUUGAUAAAGUGAAAUUAGAGAUGGUCACAAUACAAGAUAAGUAUAAAACUGAUUUCGAUACUGAUAGAGACAAAUAUAAUCAAACCAUCGAAUCAAUGAACAUACAAAUCGACGAGUUGCGAAAUAAAUUGAAUGUUGCUGAGACUCAGCUGAACGACACGAAAAAUCGAGAUGCUCAAUUGGAUAGAGAUAUUAAUGAUUGGAAAGAGCGAUACAACAAAACGAACGAAGAACUUGGGAGAAUACGGGACCAACUGAAUGGUGAGAUUCAACGACUUCAAAAUGAUUUAUAUUCUACUCGCAAUACCUUAAAAACUAUGGAAUCAGAUAAUGAUUCUCUGAAGACACAACUUACAAGUUCCGAAGAAAACUGUAAAUCAUUAAAUAAGACAAUUGCAGAUCAAGCAACGAAACUUCGUGAUUCUAAUUCGCAAAUGAGACAUCUCACUGAAGAAAUUGAUGAUUUGAAGAAAUUACGCGAUAAUUAUGAAGCAGAAUUGGAUAAUGCUACGAGCCGUUUACGAUCAUUAGAAACUGAAUAUGGACAAAUUCAGCUCGAUAGGAAUAAUACUCGAGGGCAACUUGAAAUUGCAUUGAAAGAUAAUGAUUUACUCAAGAAUUCAAUCUCGGUUCAUGAAGUCGAAAUUGAUCGACUGACAAAAAAACUUCAGCAAGCUUCUGCUGAAUUGAGCGAUCGCAUCAAGGAUCUCGAUCAGUUCAAAUUCGAACGAGAGCGAGUUCAAAUUGCAUUGCGAGAAAAAGCCAAAUUGGUUGAAAAUCUAAAUAAUGAAUUACAAAACAUGGAUGCAAAAAUAAAUCGGCUGAGGAUUGAUUUCAGUGAUACAUCCGAUAAAUUAGCGGUUAGCGAUGCUGAACGCGAUUCGCUUCGUGUUGAGUUGGACCGACUUCAUCAACAACUUCAAUUUAGCAAAGAGCAAUUGGCUCGCAAAACAAAUGAAUAUCAGACAGUUAUAGACGAACUUGCGAAUGCACAUCGUUUAUCUGAAGAUGGGCGCGUUAACGCAGUUCACGAUCUAGAAUAUAGCAAAUUGGAACUUGGCGAUUUACAAUCUCGCUUGGACAAAGCUGAUCAAUUAUUGGUGUCCAUGCAGCAAAAUUAUUUGAGGUCAGAAAAUGAGCGAGAACGACUAGCUGAUGCACUUCGUCGCUUUCAGUCUAUUGUAAAUCGUUCAAUUAUGAUUCGGAAGUUCCAAGAAGUGAUCGACAGCGAUAAAGAAAAAUCUGAUGCUUGUAUUUCAGGAAAAGAGGAACAAUUCGAUAUAGCGGGACUUGACACGAAUUUCCAGGCGUUGAUUAAUCGAAUCGAAAAACUUGAACUGGAACGAAAUGAUUAUCGUGAAGCUUUGGAAAGAAUGAAACGAAGAACUGGCGAUGUAAAAUUAAGUAAACGUGAAACAAUUAUCCGGAAAAUUGACACACGUGAGGAAGACGCUGGAGACAAAAAAGCAUUCGAUUUACGUCUGGAGUCUGCUAAACAAUUGCUUCGAUCUCAAGAAGAAAUCUUAAAGCAACGUGAAGAAGAAAAACGAGAUCUCAAGUCAAAACUCGUCAGCCUCGAGAUGCAAAUACGAACAAAGGAAGGUCAAAUUCGUCAUCUGAAUGAUCUUGUAAAAAGCUUGAGAAGUGAUUUAAACAAUGCAAAUGGUGAACUACGUAUAUUGCGCGAUCGGGAAGAACAAUGGGAUGCUUGCAAAUUCCAUCUUGAAAGCAAAUUAAAAGAUCAUGAAGCUGAAUCAAAGAAAAUAACUACAUUAACGGCAAGCUUCGAUGCUGAUCGACUGACGUUGAAUGAGAAGGUGAAUAAAUUAACGAUGGAGUUACGACAGAGUGAGAAUAAAUAUGCUGAGCUGGAGAGUGAUGCCGACCGAUUGCGAAAAGACUUGGAGAGGUCUACUAAAGUUGAAAAUGAAUUAAGGGUUAAAGUUGAUCAAUUAAACCGUGUUACGAAUGAUCAUCAAAUCUUACGCGAUCAAAUCACAGUCUUAAUUGCUAGUUUUCAGUUGCUUAAUGCGGAAAAUGAACUUUCAAAUCUAAAUGGUCGAAAGCAACAGCUAGAAAACGAACUUCUCCUGGCUCGAUCGGAAGUACGUGAAAGCAAGCAACGCAAUAAUGAUGCUGUACAUCGUAUCUCAGAACUUCAGCGACAGCUCGAAGACAUGCUUAAUGAUAAAAAACGUCUGAAUGAUCGUAUUCAAGGUUUAGAGAAGACAGUCGCAUCAUAUAGAACCACAGAAACCGACUUGCGACAGCAAAUUUCUGCUGCUGCAAAUGAACGAAGUUCAUUACAAAACGAACUGUCCGACUUUCAACGACGUCUACUGCGACUCGAAAAUGAUAAGCGGAUUUUGAGCGAUAAAAAUGAAGAUCUUGAAAAAAUUCGAGUCACACUUAUGCAACGAUUAGCAUUGCUUGAAAGUGAUAAACGAGCCAUUGAAGCGAUGAUGACUGAUAUGGCAUUACAGCGGGAAGCAAUUGAACAAUCCUUGAAUUCCUUGGAGCGUGAAAAUAAGGAAUUACAUCGAAACUGCGCUCAAUUACAACAACAAAUUGCUCAAUUAGAAUUAGAGAAUGGAAAUAGAUUAAUGUCUUUGGCUGAUAAGCAAAAAGAAGAACAAGAUAGAAUAGUUAAAACGGUGGCGUUGGAAAAAGCUCAGAUGGAGCGCUUAAUUGAAAAUCGCGAACGUGGUCUUAAAUCUAGAAUAAAACAACUUGAAGCGCAACUUAGUGCGCUACGAGAUCAACUCUUUAGUGAACGAAGGAGACGUCGAGAUUUCUCUGAUAGAGUUUAUAUUUCGGAUUUGAGUAAAACCACUUCUGUUCUGCCAGCGGGAAGUAUUUACAGCGGCUUAACUUUUCCUCUUAAUGAUACUUUUGACAGUUAUUCAUCUUUUGGAUCUUACGGUUCACCUUGGGUCGAUUUUUCUACGAAUAAUGAAUAUACCAAAACUGGAAGUACAGUGAUUACUUUAAAGGAAAGUACAACUCGCCGUAGUCGCAGUCCGGGUGGCACAGGUUCUCCAUUUGCUCAUGAUGAAGGGAUGCAUAGUUACGAAAUAACAAGAAAAGAAGAAAGUGAUGGAAAAUCUACGCAUAUUAGCGAGGAAGCGAUUGUACUGCAACCAUCUCAAGAACUUCAUGAGAGCGGUUCGUUCGAUGGCGCUCAAUUUAAUCGAAUGACUUCUACCAAAAGUAGCAAUACUAAACAGGUUACGAAUAUGUGGAACUGA